UUUUAUCUAAAGUUUGCUGUGAUCCUGAAGAGAGGGUCUAUGAAAAUAAAAGCGAGCAUUUCUUGUAUGAUCUUUUACCCUCACUUUAAUUCGCAACAGGAGUGGCACGUAAUUUUGCUGUAUUACGGGAGUUUAUGCAUUUGAGUUCAGAAAGAGCAGCAUCUCUGGGAUUAGACUUAACGGUACGGUCUAAAUAGGAAACCAUGACACAACCCGUCAUACUUUUAUCUUUAUUAACCUUUUUAGUUGGAGGGGUAAGUAGUUUGCCUUCUCUCAAAAAAUCAACGACAACAACAGUGUCAUAUAAUUUAACUUACAGUCAGACAUCAGCUGCAAAUGCAAGAGUGAGGGGCAGUAUUAAAAAUAGGACCACCGGCACUUAUGGAAAAAUCGCACCUACAAAGGUAAGUAAAUUAUUGAAGACAGUAAAACCCACCGAGGCGACCAUCAAAGCUCCGAAUCACACGACAGUGAAGCCAUUCAAGACAAUAGAAGGAACCAGGAAAGUUCUGAAGCCCACUACAUUAAAACCCUCUCAGGUGAGCACGAAACCUUUGAAAACUACAACUGUGAAGCCCACUGAGGUGAUCACUAGAGCUUUGAGACCGACGACAGUAAAGCCAACAGCGGGAACCGCAAAAACCACUGCAAAGACCACUGCAGCGAGCUUCAACACAGAAGACCUGAAUGAAAACAUUGAUAAAAACGUGCAAAGGAGAGUGUGGAACACCAAAGAAUGUGAAGAACCUCCAGUACUUGAAUGUCCUCCUUUGGGUAUGGAGUCUCUGAAAGUUAAAGACUCGCAGCUUCAGGCUUCUUCUCACAAGCGCAUGGGCCUGGGGCCACACAGGGGCCGACUCAAUAUACAGUCUGGUGUUGAAGAUGGAGAUAUCUAUGAUGGAGCUUGGUGUGCCCAGUACAAAGACAAGAACCAGUGGCUACAGAUAGAUGCUAUGAAGCUCACACGGUUCACAGCAGUCAUACUGCAGGGUCGCAGUUCCAUAUGGAGCUUGGAUUAUGUAGAAACCUUCAAGGUGCAGGUGAGCAAUGACACCAUUAAAUGGAAGUCAUGCAUGAACGGGACAGAGGAGGCGGUGUUUGAAGGGAGCCAGGACAGUGAAACGCCAGUCUUGGCGGUUAUACCCGAGCCAGCAGUGGCACGCUACAUUCGUAUUAACCCUCAGAGCUGGUUUAAGAAUGGGACCAUCUGCCUGCGAGCUGAGAUUAUGGGCUGUGAGCUGCCAGAUCCAAACAAUAUCUACCCAUGGCAAAUGGAGGAGGGCACUAAGGACAAACUGGACUUUAGACACCAUAACUACAAAGAGAUGAGGAAGCUCAUGAAGUCUGUGAAUGAGAUGUGCCCAGAUAUCACCCGCAUUUACAGCAUUGGAAAAAGUUACAUAGGCCUUAAACUGUAUGUGAUGGAAAUUUCAGACAAUCCAGGAAAACACGAGCUGGGUGAGCCAGAGUUCCGUUAUGUGGCUGGUAUGCAUGGAAAUGAGGUGCUCGGGAGGGAACUGUUGCUGAACCUUAUGCAGUAUAUAUGCCAGGAGUACAAAAAUGGGAACCAGCGCAUAGUCCACCUGGUGAAAGAGACACGCAUUCAUCUACUGCCCUCUAUGAACCCUGAUGGCUAUGAAAUGGCUUACAAGAAGGGUUCAGAGCUAUCCGGAUGGGCACUGGGUCGUUAUAGUUAUGAAGGCAUUGACAUGAAUCACAACUUUGCAGACCUGAACACAGUGAUGUGGGAUGCCAUCGAGCUGGAGACAGACAAAUCUAAACUCAUCAACCAUUACUUUCCCAUUCCAGAGCACUACACUUCAGAAGAAGCUUGGGUGGCUUCAGAAACAAGAGCAGUCAUCAGCUGGAUGCAGACCUUCCCGUUUGUUCUCAGUGCUAACCUCCAUGGAGGAGAGCUGGUGGUCACAUACCCAUUUGACAUGACUAAAGACUGGGCCCCUAAAGAGCACACUCCCACUCCAGAUGAGAGCUUCUUCCGUUGGCUGGCCACUGUUUAUGCCAGCACAAAUCACGUGAUGUCCAACCCAGACCGAAGGCCCUGUCACAAUGAGGACUUCCUUCGUUACAAUAACAUCAUCAAUGGAGCGAGCUGGCACACAGUACCAGGCAGUAUGAAUGACUUCAGCUACUUGCACACCAACUGUUUCGAGGUGACAGUGGAGUUGUCCUGUGAUAAGUUCCCUCAUGCUAUUGAGCUGCCUAGAGAGUGGGAGAACAAUAAAGAAUCUCUCCUAAUCUACAUGGAGCAGGUACACAGAGGAAUCAAAGGAGUGAUUAGGGACAAAGACACUGAAGCUGGCAUUGCUGAUGCCAUCAUUAAAGUGGACGAUAUCGACCACCAUAUCAGAUCAGCUUUUGAUGGGGACUAUUGGCGUCUGUUAAACCCAGGUGACUAUGAUGUCACAGUGACUGCGGAGGGAUAUUACCCUGUUACUCGAAGCUGCAGGGUCGAGUACGAGCAUUACCCCACCAUCUGUGAUUUCACUCUCACCAAGACGCCAAAACAGCGUUUGCGAGAGAUCCUGGCCAAGGGCGGCAAAAUCCCCAAAGACCUGCAGCUCCGACUGCGCCAACUGCGCAUACGCAAACUGCGUGCCAGCACUAAACUUAUUAAUCGACGGCGGGCGUCACAGCAACGCAAGGCCAGGGGAGCUAGCCACUAGAUUGAUCUUCAACGUCUGACCUGUUUUGCUGGCCAAGUACAGGAUUAAACUGAAUCAAUGUCACAGGAAAAUGCAAUGUAGAGCUGUAAAUUGGUUGCCCUUUCCUGUGGUAACAUUCUAUAUUAUGCAUCUGAGGAGCAGAUAUAUUAUCCAUUGUAAAUUUCACACCAAAUGAUAUUCAAAUACUGUUUUUAUACUUUAUACUAAGCACUACAACUACAUGUUUUGAUAAAAACUGUUAAUUAAAAUAAUUGAGAGUGUCUUCUGGUUGUCAGUUUUGAUCUCCAUGGUACUGUGUGCUCACCUUUGUCCAAGUCUUUCUAGCAAGACAGUCCACUGUCAGCCAUCUUUGGAACGCUCUCGGGAGGCUAUUUCCAGUCAUGCCAGUGCAGCUCCCAUCUACUUGAAUGGAGAAAGAUCAAAAUCUCAAAAAACAGUUGGUCAAGAUUACGUUAAAAUAUUGAACAUGUUUCAAAUCAAUAAUAAAAUCUGACAAUACUGGAAUCAUAAAUUGUGAUUCUUUACCUCAAAUUAUGGUAAAAAACACAAUUUUCCAGGCUUGUAUAGCUAAUACGCAUGCAUGUUCUAAAGUUGAUUGACAGAUUAUGUCUGUAUCUAAAAGGUGAUUGGCUCUUUUUACUGUAAGAUGGGACUUCCUUCUACAGCCUUUGACCAUUGGGCGCUCAGAGCUCCUUGGUUGAGCAUUCCAGUUUCUCCCUUUCAUUUUAAUAGAAGUGGCCCAUCUCUGCUAAAUCAUCUCUGCUUUCAUGUAUAUGAGCUAAUGCUAAGUCUCAGUCUGGAACUGAUAUUUUGUCAAAUGGCUUGAUUACAUUUUACUGUUAAAUGGAAAGGAAAACAGUAUGGGGUGCCGUUUGUAAAAUAAAACGUGUUACAAAAACUGGUUACAUUUUGUCAGAUUUAAGAUAAAAAUCUGCUUUGGCCAGAUUUAUGUAAAUAAGCGUUCAUGUUUUUUUUCUUUUUUCUUUAUUGUAUAACAAAUACAUAAAAUCUUCAAUUUAAAUCUAAAUGUGAAAUGAAAUCUAAAUGUAAAUAUUAAAUCUAAAUGUAAAGCUCAAAUAAAAAUGUUGUAAAUAAAUGUUAAAUAUAAACAUAAAUCUUAAAUGUAAAUGA